CAACAUAUGAUUAACGGCUGGAUUGUUUUGGUAGCAAGGCGGAUAGUUUUUUAGACACGAUGUCUGAAUGUUCGGACAAAUGCCACUUUUGCCAUGAGGUACCCUUCAAAUAUACUUGCCCCAAGUGCAAUGCGAUUUACUGCAGCGUCGCUUGCUACAAAUCAAAAGAGCAUCUCAAAUGCUCCGAAGAAUUUUACAAAGCAUGCAUCCAGGACGAAUUGGCCAGUGCAACCACAACGCCCGAAAGUCAAAAAGAUAUGCGUAAAAUAUUUGAUAUUCUGAAGCGAAUGCGCGAAUCAGAUGCCGGCUUCAAACCAGAGGAUUUUGAUGCAGAUGGCUUAGACAAUCCAUUAGACUCGGAUGACGACGACGCAGAACCACAACAAAGUGGCGAUGAGGUCGAGGGAGAUGCGGAUGACAUAGAGAAUCCGUAUGCCGAGGAAGUGGAUGAAAUUGUAGAUAUGGCUACACGUCUAAAGGGAAUCGACAUAAAUGAUGCCGAUGAGGUUUGGAGUCGACUCACAGCUGAAGAGCAACAGGAAUUCCAGAAACUAAUUGCAAGUGGUGAAAUAAUGAAACUAAUGCCCGAUUAUAAGCCAUGGUGGUGCAAGCCCAAGAACUCCAAGAUUGUUGUCCUUCCUGCAGCAACAGAUGAUAAAAUUGACAUGCCUGAAAUACAGAAGGACAUUCCCAUCUUCACAAGCUUGUGCAAGAAGACGCCUUCGCCCUGCCUGCACUACAAUCUCUGGAACAUUUUGAGCGCCUAUGCUUGCGUGGCCCGAUUUUUUGGCGGUGAGCAGCGUACCAAUGCCAGUGAAGCUGUUGCGCAUUUGGUGAAUCUCAGUGCAACAUUGAAGUAUGGCACCAACUUUGAGGAUGCUGAAGACGCCAUUGUAUCCGUGCAAAUGGAGGCCUGUACCACAGGCAAUGGACCCGCCGGCGCCGCUGCAGUUGGCAGCGCAGGCGCAGGUACAAAUUUUCUCGUGGAGAGCCGUGAGCAAUUGCAAGAGGAUGCCCGUCAACUUAUGUCCACAACUCAACAUAAACUGGCAGCUUUAAGCGAUGUCCUCCACCUGCUACAGCAGAGCAAAGCGCUGAGCAAACGAAAACAUUCAGAGGAGGCCGAAUUCCAAAAGCUGUUCGCACUAGCCAGUGGAAGUGUCGAACUGAAUCGAACCAAACUUUCACAACUGAUUAAGAAAAUUGAAUUUAUGCUCUCGUAUGUAGCGCGAGAGGAGUCACUAUGAGAAAUCUGUCAAAUAAAAACUUUAGUUUUAACACAC